AUGACCAGGUGCAGGGGUGAACAGCUUCCCAAGUUCCCACCUUCCAAGCCAAAUGCCGACCCUCAGAAAUGGCCCGUGCGCCCCUUCCACUUCACGCUAGCAAUCCCUGUUCCUGUUUUCGCGUCGGGCGACUUUUUGAUGCUCUGCAACUUUUUGUCUGGAAGUACCGAACGGUAUGCGAAUACAUGCAACACUCGACUAUUUUCCAACGCCCAUCCAACCCCAACAAUGGCGACCGAAUUCGAGAAAAUGACCGUUACGCAGCUGCGGGCAGAGCUGAAGCGCCGCAAGCUUGCCACUACCGGUCUGAAGGCUGCGCUUGUUGCCCGUUUGGUGGACGACGAGGAAGGGCAAACUGCAGCGGCCGACCAAACAGCACAGGACGAAAGCCCCACCGACGAGCCGGAACCUGUUCAAGAUGCGAAUCCAGAAGCGGGGACAGAGAAACACGAUGAUGCCGCUAUGGACGAUGCGCCGGUAGCAGCUCCAGAGAAAGCCACUUCGCCAGCUCCCGCCUCGCCUUCCCCGGCUGUCAAAAACGAAGAGACUGUCACCACUCAACCUGAUUCUGCCAUCGAGCCUGAAAUUACAACCCAACAAGACUCUAACCCUCCCCCCGAAGAACUUGCCGACGUCGAGACCGUCACUAUUACCGAGAUUGUUCAAGAUACAGUUAGCCGAAAACGUCGGUCUAGAAGCCCUCCCCCGUCUGGUGACGAAUCAUCUAACAAGCGAGCCCGACAAGACGACUGGGAAGAGAAGGCCGAGUUGGAGGAGUCGAGGAAGGAGCCAGCCUCACCGGCCGACAAGCACCUCGGCGAAAUUACUCCCUUCGAAGUUGUGCCCCCAAGGAGCCCCGAAACUCGACUUCAUGAUGAGUCACCGCCUCACAAACGUCACGAGCGAGCUUGGGGUCAAAGGCUGGAGGGCAACCAACCCAGAUACCAAGAGCAAAAUAUGGAUAUCGACGAGCCUAUGGACGAAUUUGGUCGAGUUGAGCGGUCUAGGCACCCUGCCACGUCUGCGCUCUACGUCAAGAAUUUUAUGAGACCCUUGAGGGAGGCAUCAGUGCGCGAGUAUUUUGUCCACCUUGCCGCUUUCCCAGGCGCGCCCGUCGAUGACAGCUGCAUUAUCGACUUCCACGUAGAUCAAAUGCGUACUCACGCUCUUGUUAAGUUCGACAGCGUUUCGGCAGCCUCGCGGGUCCGCACAGCGUUACAUGGGAAGGUCUGGCCAAAUGAGAGCACCAGAAAGGAACUUUGGGUUGAUUUCAUUCCCUCCGAGAAAGUCGCAGAGUGGAUUGACCUCGAGCGCCAGCAUGGUCGUCAGACACGCUGGGAAGUCAUCUUCGAGGACGACCCAGACACCCAGGAAGUCGUCGUGGCCUCUCUGGUGCAGUGUGAUGGGGCCAGUUCAGGAAACAACUCGGGCAACAGACCUGCCCGGCAACCACUUCCGUCCCCGGUUGUUCCCACUGGACCCGGACGGAGAUUUGCUGAACUUGAAGGCCAAGGAUUCCCUGCUGGUCCCCGCGUCCGUGGCAGAGGUCAAGCUAAGCACGACCUCGAGAACUUUGAAAACACGAAGAGAACUUCUACAGGCCCGCCGCUGUACUACCAGCCCGUGUCGGAAGAGUUGGCCCAGCGACGUCUCGACAAUAUGCAGUCCUACUACACCAAGGACCGCUACCGCGACAUGGGCCGCGAGGAUGAAAUCAACCGGUACACUUUUGAGAGCGGAAGCCAGUUUGUGGAUCGUGGAAAGGAGGUCUUUGUAGGUAUUCGGCACCCUAUUCGCGAAGCCAGGAAGCGUCGCGAGCGUAACGAGCUCCGACGUGGGCGUGGGCGUCGCACACCUUCUCCUCCUCCUUUCAGGCGCCAGGAUGAUAGGGCGUACCGGGUGCGUGAUGACCGUGCCGGUGGUGGUAAUUGGAGUCGGGAUCGGUUUGAGGCCUUGGAUAGGGAGGAUGAUCGGAUUGGUGAUGGUGAUGCCGGCCCCAAGAUUCAUCCGGAUCGCCGCCUUAGCAUGGAGAGAACGGAUAGAAACGAUGACCGCCGCUGGGAGAGGGGGGAUGAUGUGCCCAGGUCAAGAUUUGAUGGUGCACCGUUGCCAACGUAUACUGGGCCGCCGAGGAACCACCGUCGCCGGGGUGGUGGUGGGGGUCGGAACAGGCGCUAA